AUGUCCGCCAUGCCCACUCCAGCAGACUCCAGUGCAGAAGCUGGCCCUUCCCGAGCUCCGCCUGCUGCAGCUCCUCCGGUAGGUGCAGCUGGCGCAGACGGUGAAGCCAAGAAGCAGCCCGUUGUGAUUCUGUGUAUCGGCAUGGCCGGCUCCGGAAAGACAACCCUCCUCCAGCGUCUCAACUCGCACCUCCACUCCAAAGGCUCCCCGCCUUAUAUCCUCAACCUCGACCCGGCCGUGACGCACAUGCCUUACUCGGCGAACAUAGAUAUUAGGGAUACAGUCGACUACAAGGAGGUGAUGAAGCAAUAUAACCUCGGUCCAAACGGAGGGAUCUUGACUGCCUUGAAUCUGUUCACGACCAAGUUUGACCAGGUCUUGGGAUAUGUCGAGAAGCGCGCUGAGACUGUCGACUAUAUCCUCGUCGAUACCCCCGGCCAAAUCGAAAUCUUUACCUGGUCCGCUUCGGGCGCGAUCAUCACCGAUGCCAUAGCCUCGACAUUACCGACCGUCGUGGCGUACAUCAUUGAUACACCCAGGACAACGAGUCCUGCUACGUUCAUGAGCAAUAUGCUCUAUGCUUGCUCGAUCAUGUACAAGACCCGCCUCCCCUUCCUCCUCGUAUUCAACAAGAUCGAUGUCGAGCCGCACGAUUUCGCCCUGGAGUGGAUGACCGACUUCGAGGCGUAUCAGGCUGCCCUGGCGGGUGCGGGCGGGGGAGAGGAUGGGGAGUCGGGGUACAUGAAUAGUCUGAUGGGGAGUAUGUGUCUGGUCCUCGAGGAGUUUUACAACAACCUCAAGGCUGUCGGGGUGAGCGCUAUGACUGGACAAGGGAUGCGCGAGUUCUUUGCAGCAGUAGAAGAAUCAAGGAAAGAGUGGGAAACGGAUUACAAGCCGGAAUUAGACCGUCUGGCCGCCGAACGCGAAUCGAAAGCCGCCGACGAAAAGAAGAAGCACCUGGAGCGAUUGAUGAAGGAUAUGAACAUGUCUGAUGCACCCGGCGCUGGCGCCGGCGCUGCCGCUCGGUCUCGAGGGGGGCAGAUGGGGGAGAAGGGGAAAGGAAGGGGAGAUAAUCCGUUUGGUCCGUAUGCGCGGAACGAGCGGGAAGACCGAUAUCUGGACGACGAAGGGAGCGGGACGGACGAAGAAGAGGAAGAUCGGAUACGGCGGCAGGAGGAAGAUGAGGAAGAAGCGGAGCAUGCGGAGAUUUUCGAUUCUAGGGAUGUUCCGGCAGCAGAUACAGCCAUCUCGUAUGGGAGUCAAUUAUAG